GAUCAAGUCCAAAUUGGGGUGAGCUCAGUUUGUAGCAGGAUAAAGGGUAAAAUCGUAUAUUCAGUUGUUUUGUUUAACACCAAAAACAUAGAAAAAUAUUUUGGGCUUCUUGAAUAUCUCUUCCUAGUUCCACUGCAAUCUUUCUCUCGCUGACCCUGAAUCCUAACUUUGGUGCAAUAUCGCGGAAAUUCUCUGUCUUUCUUCGUCUGGGCAUCCUGCAAAAAGUGCAAAAGACUUGACUAUGUGGGUUGUGCUAGGUUCAUGGUGGUUCCUCCAAUUAGGGUUUGAGUUUGGGCUCGGUUCUUGAAGAAAGCUGACUUUUUUUCUUUUUUUCUUUUUUUUACGUGUGACUAUUGUUUCUGAAAGAGUUCAUUUAAAGCUAUGGAGGCAUAUAAAAAAUGGGUUAGGGAGAACAAGGACUAUGUUCAUUCAUUGGAGUCGCUGGCCAAUGGAUUUACGUGGCUUCUUCCCGAACGAUUUUCUGAUUCAGAGAUAGGACCGGAAGCAGUAACUGCUAUUUUUGGCAUAAUCACUGCUAUCAACGAGCAUAUAAUUGACACAGUUCCUCCCCGGAAUCGUGCUGGCCCUAAUGAACCUCUUUCUUUUCCUUAUUCAUUGUGCAUAUCUGCACUGAAGGACUUGGAAACAUUAGUUGAAGUUGCAGCCCAGCAUUAUUUUGGCAAUGAGAAGAAGUGGAAUUUCAUAGCUAUUAUGGAGGCCUCCAAGGUGCUCGUUAGAUUAGCUUUGUUCCGGAAUAGUGGAUAUAAGAUGCUUCUACAUGGAGGAGAGACACCAAACGAUGAAAAUCAUUUGAAUGCUUCAACUUCCCAACGUGAAAUUAGUGGUUCCAUGAAUCCUGACGGGUAUUAUGGGCCUGCUUACUCAAGGAAUAAUCAUGGGCACAACCCAUGGAAUCUAGAAGGAAGAGCGCUCUCUGCACUCAAUGUGUUUGGAGAAAAUGCUAGGAUGGUCUCAAACCCAGUAUGGUUGCGGAGGGUUCAACACCAACAUGCUAUUAUGGAGCCUCCAACUCGAAAUCCUGUAGUUGAGAGGCCAACCCUUUCUGACAUAUUGGCCAAAAAGGGUCUUCGUGGGGCUUUAUUUGUGGCUGGGGAAGUUUUAUUUAUCUCAAGACCCCUUAUUUAUGUUUUAUUUAUACGGAAGUAUGGAAUUCGAUCGUGGACUCCUUGGUUUCUUUCACUGGCUGUGGACUUCAUAGGGGCGGGCAUUCUUUCACAAUUCAUGUUAUGGGAGGAUGGUAGCAAAAAGCAGUUUCAUCUUUCUGAAUCUGAAAAGAAUGAGAUUAGAAGACGAAAGAUGUUAUGGGCACUUUACCUCAUGAGAGAUCCGUUUUUUAGCAAGUAUACCAGGCAAAAACUCGAAAUCACCCAGAAAGUUUUGGAACCUGUACCCUUUAUUGGGUUUCUUACAGAGAAAAUUGUUGAGCUUAUUUUAGGAGCACAGACACGAUACACGUAUAUGUCAGGAUCGUAAGGUGGAGACUGCAGUAAGCUACAGGAUCGUAAGGUGGAGACCGCAGUAAGCUACGCUUCUUACAGUUUUUUCAUCUUUGUUUAGGUGGGAGAAAGUAGUUGCUUCUGGAGAACUAGUUCCCUCAUGUCGUAGGAAGUGCUUCUAAUGUGUUUUCUUUAUAUAUUGUUCUCAAGCGUCGUCCGGCGGCUGUCACAAGCACCCAAAACUGGUUCCUUUUUUUUUCCUCCCUCUCUCUCUCUCUCUCUCUCUCUCAAAAGAGAAGGAAUUUGUUACCAUCUUGUAGAACUUUAUAGUUUUCUUGUAGCCAGGAUUCAUUUAUGAAACAGAAAAUUGGAAUAAAAUUGUUUUACAUGCAAAAAGAUAUGUGUUUGUAUACAAUCUUUUCUUCA